AUGACCGUCGACCUCCAGGGCGGGUGGUGGGGAGUCGGAAGGUGGGCACAGAGAACUCGAGAUGACAGGUUUUAUCUGGGAGACAUGGAAGGCGAAAUAACAACUCAUGAUUCUGAACCCCUCUACCAAACUGGAGGAACAACAAGCUCUCAAGAAGAUGAUGGAAGCUCACAACGAAUUUCCCUUCGUCAAAACUUUACCUAUUUUGGCAAAUCUUACUCUCAGAUUUAUGUGAACCACAAUGGCCAUCUGACCUUUGAAGCACCAUGGAGAAGUUAUUCACCAGAACAGUUUCCAAUUGAUGGAGGCAGAGAUAUUAUUGCUCCUUACUGGACUGAUAUAGACAAUCGUCAAAGUGGUAACAUUUCCUAUGUUCAGCAUACCAAUGGCUCUAUUCUCCAACAAGUUACCCAGGACAUCAAUACGUACUUCCUAGAACUUAACUUUAAUGCCAACUGGAUCUUUAUUGCAACAUGGUAUAAAGUUCCUUAUUUUCAAGUGGAUAAAACAGAAUCAACCUUUCAGGCAGUCUUGGCUUCCAAUGGGAAUGGCUCUUUUUUGAUUCUGAAUUAUGGGUCCCUAGCAUCUAAACCAGUCUUUAUACAGGCUGGAUAUGACACAGCUAAUUCAUGUCACCACCUUACCAUCCUUGGGUCCUUCUCUAAUAACAUAAUUCCAAACCUGACACAUUUAAGCCUAGGAAGUAACGUUAAUGUACCUGGUCGCUGGGCUUUCCGUGUAGAUAAUGGUUCAACGGACUGCAAUGGACCCCUCUACCCAUUUGGAGGAGCAACAACCUCUCGAGAACUUGAUGGAAGCUCACUAGGAAUUUCACUGCGUCAAAACUUUACCUAUUUUGGCAAAUCUUACUCUAAGAUUUAUGUGAACAACAAUGGACAUCUGACUUUUGAGGCUCCAUGGAGUCGUAAUAUACCAUUACAGUUUCCAAUGGAUCAAAGCAGAGACAUUAUUGCUCCUUAUUGGACCAAUAUAGACAAUCAUGAAAGUGGUAACAUUUCCUAUGUUCAGCAUACCAACGGCUCUAUUCUCCAACAAGUUACCCAGGACAUCAAUACAUACUUCCCAGAACUUAACUUUAAUGCCAACUGGAUCUUUAUCGCAACAUGGCAUAAAGUUCCCUAUUAUUCAGUGCCUGAAACAGAAUCAACCUUUCAGGCAGUCUUGGCUUCCAAUGGGAAUUACUCAUUUGUGAUACUGAAUUAUGGGCCCCUAGCAUCCAGACAGGUCUCUAUAGAGGCUGGAUAUGACACAGCUAAUUCAUGUCACCACCUCACCAUCCUUGGGUCAUUCACAAAUAACACAUUUCCAAACCUGACACAUUUAAGCCUCGGAAGUAAUGUUAAUGUAUCUGGUCGCUGGGCUUUCCGUGUAGAUAAUGGUUCAAGGGACUGCAAUGGACCCCUCUACCCAAUUGGAGGAACAACAACCUCUCGAGAACUAGAUGGAAGCUCCCCACGAAUUUCACUUCUUCAAAAGUUUACCUAUUUUGGCGAAUCUUACUCUCAGAUUUAUGUGAACAACAACGGACAUCUGACUUUUGAGGCUGCAUGGAGUCGUUAUAUACCAUUACAGUUUCCAAUGGAUCAAAGCAGAGACAUUAUUGCUCCUUAUUGGGCUGAUAUAGACAAUCGUGAAAGCGGUAACAUCUAUUAUGUUCAGCAUACCACCGGCUCUAUUCUCCAACAAGUUACCCAGGACAUCAACCUAUACUUCCCAGAGCUUAACUUUCAUGCCAACUGGAUCUUUAUUGCAACAUGGCAUAAAGUUCCCUAUUAUUCAGUGCCUGAAACAGAAUCAACCUUUCAGGCAGUCUUGGCUUCCAAUGGGAAUUACUCAUUUGUGAUACUGAAUUAUGGGCCCCUAGCAUCCAGACAGGUCUCUAUAGAGGCUGGAUAUGACACAGCUAAUUCAUGUCACCACCUCACCAUCCUUGGGUCCUUCACAAAUAACACAUUUCCAAACCUGACACAUUUAAGCCUCGGAAGUAAUGUUAAUGUAUCUGGUCGCUGGGCUUUCCGUGUAGAUAAUGGUUCAAGGGACUGCAAUGGACCCCUCUACCCAAUUGGAGGAACAACAACCUCUCGAGAACUAGAUGGAAGCUCCCCACAAAUUUCACUUCUUCAAAAGUUUACCUAUUUUGGCAAAUCUUACUCUCAGAUUUAUGUGAACAACAACGGACAUCUGACUUUUGAGGCUCCAUGGAGUCGUUAUAUACCAUUACAGUUUCCAAUGGAUCAAAGCAGAGACAUUAUUGCUCCUUAUUGGGCUGAUAUAGACAAUCGUGAAAGCGGUAACAUCUAUUAUGUUCAGCAUACCACCGGCUCUAUUCUCCAACAAGUUACCCAGGACAUCAACCUAUACUUCCCAGAGCUUAACUUUCAUGCCAACUGGAUCUUUAUUACAACAUGGCAUAAAGUUCCCUAUUAUUCAAUGCCUGAAACAGAAUCAACCUUUCAGGCAGUCCUGGCUUCCAAUGGGAAUUACUCAUUUGUGAUACUGAAUUAUGGGCCCCUAGCAUCCAGACAGGUCUCUAUAGAGGCUGGAUAUGACACAGCCUCUUCCUGUCACCACCUCACCAUCCUUGGAUCAUUCUCUAAUAACACAUUUCCAAAAAUCAAACUUCUAACGUUCAGUAGUAAUGUCAAUGUAUCUGGUCGCUGGGCUUUCCGUGUAGAUAAAGGUUCAAUGGACUACGAUGCAUGCUCUCCUCUGGUGCUUGGUUUCGAGUGGUUGGAACGUCACAAUCCCCAUAUCAACUGGGCUGAAUGCCACAUUGAAUCUUGGUCCACUUCCUGUCACGAGUCAUGCCUUCGUUCUGCGGCUCCUACAAUUCAGUCCCCUAGAGUCUUCAGUAAGGUCAGUGCGAUGUCUCUUUCACCUCACAGACCAUAUGACUGCGCCAUUGAUUUACUACCAGGAGCCCCCCUUCCCAGCAGUAGACUAUUUAACAUCUCCAAACCAGAACGCAAAACCAUGGAGAAGUAUAUCAAUGAGUCCCUAGCCGCUGGAAUUAUUCGUCCAUCUUCAUCUCCUCUCGGGUUUGUGCUCGAGGGCGGGCAGGUGAAGCCAUCCGAAGACAAAAUAAAGGCUGUUCUGGACUGGCCGAAACCUGAAAACCACUCUCUUCGGCAGAACAAAAUUAUGAUGUCGGAGACCGAGAACUUCUUGCCAUCAAACUCGCCCUGGAAGAGUGGAGACAUUGGCUCGAGGGAGCCGAGCAUCCAGUAUUGGUGUGGACAGACCACAAAAACCUGGCUUAUCUCCAAUCGGCUAAAAGAUCCAACCCACGUCAUUCAAGAUGAAAUAAGACCUCUCACCAACCACCUUCUGGCCUGCUGCAUCCUCUACCUGUCCCUACCCAUCCUUGGUCCCACAUCGCAGUUGAUUUUGUCACCGGUCUCCCGAUUUCCAGAGUUCAUCUCACAGGUCUGGAAAGCCUUCUGUUCAGCUCUGAAUUGCAAGUCCUCUCUCACCUCUGGUUAUCACCCUCAGUCUAAUGGGCAGACGGAGAGGAUGAAUCAACAACUCGAGUCCACUCUCCGCUGCCUAACCUCUAACAAUCCGACUGACUGGAGUCAGUUUCUGACAUGGAUCGAAUACGCCCACAAUUCCCUGAGAUCUGCUUCUACCGGUUUGUCCCCUUUUCAAGUCUCCAUAGGUUAUCAGCCACCACUUUUCCCUGCAGACGAGAGAGAGAUAACGGUUAGAUCAGUCCACCACCACAUCCGCCGUUGUCAGCGUGUCUGGAAGGACACCAUCGCCACCCUCAACCGCUCAUCUGCCACCAAGAAGAGAUUCGCCGACUCUAAACGGCGCCCUGCCCCUGACUAUACCCUGGGCCAAGAGGUAUGGCUAUCUACACGGGACAUUCCUCUCAAAGCCAUGUCUAGGAAGCUUUCACCUCGGUUCAUCGGUCCAUACAAGAUUGCUCAGAUUAUCAAUCCCUUAGCUGUCCGCCUGCACUUGCCACCGUCUCUUCGCAUCCACCCCACGUUUCAUGUUUCCCAGAUCAAACCUGUCAUCUCAAGCUCCUUGUGCCCACCAUCCGACUCCCCUCCACCCGCCCUGGACAUCGACGGCUAUCCGGCCUACACAGUUCGCCAGAUCGUGGACUCCCGUCGGCGAGGGAAGAGCUGGAAUCUCUAA